AUGACCUCUGACCAGCAUCCGCAUGGUGCAGCUGAGGUAGCCGAGAAGGUGCUGCGGAGAGUGGAAAUUGCAAAGGUUGCUCGAAAUCUCCAAGACUGUCUAGCUUUUGCAAGCUUCAAGGCCCGAAAUGGCUGGCAAGAUCGAACCCUCGCCUCCAUCGAACCCGAAUUCACCGAGAAGCUGAAGAGGAAGAGACCGUUCCUGGAGGAAGACCUCCCCUGUGAUACCUCGUCUGGGUCUGACGACGAAUUCGUCCCGACCUCCUCGAUUGCCAAUAACCGCUUUUCAAAGCCCUCCAACUCAGCCUUUAAAAUCCCCGAACCUCCCUUUGCUGCAAGGAAACGAGUUCGGUCUUCCUCAGCAACAGGUCCCGACAGGCAGUCAAGCACCUUGACAUGGAAGCAAGAUCACCGUCUGCCCCAGUCGUCACCUCUGUUGAAUCGGGCACAGUCUUUUCAGGAGCACGCACUAUUUCAUACCGAGUCUGCUAGAACGCCUCACAACGCUAAUGACGACUCUCCCAUGUUUGAUGUUCAUUCUGAUGACGAAGACCAUGACCUCCCCAUGCCUGCCUUGGGCAACGAACCUUCAAGCAGCAUUUUGUCCUCAUCGCCUCCUCGAACCCCCCCUCCCACGAAACGUUUUCUCAGUGUCAACUCCAAGCAAUCUGGGGCCGAUCUCCUCCUUUAUCUAGCCAAUUCCCCCUCUCGCUCGCCUGCUAUCAAUAUCCACAGACCCUCUGACUCGUCAAAAGAACCACCUUCGACUCCACCAUCCCAGCAUUCACACCUUCCAUCUUCAGUCAUGACUACUCCGGGCACUCAUCUUGGGCUGUUCAAUGGCGCUCUACAAACUCCGGGCCAGAAUUUCAACCUGGCUGACUUCUGCAAUGUCACUCCUUCACCUGCACCGGCUCAGUGGGGCAGUCGAACUCCCAACGUGACCAAGACUCCCAGCCGGUUUUCACGAAAAAGUUUGAAUUUCGAUACAUUGCAGCCUCUGUCUGGCAGUCCAACCUUGCAACGAAAGGCUCCAACCAGCAAAGGACUGGCUCUGCAGUUGGGCGACGAACUGAUCCCAAGGUCUUGA